AGAAGGCGGUCGCAAGCGUGGUAUCAACCAUGUACAAGGCGAGUCUGGCCGCAGCGCAUAGACGAAGGCUUCGAGCGUGCGAUAUAACAGGUGCGGAACAGAGGCACCAGAUGCGCCGAUGCACAAGAGACGGGUCGGAAUGCUUCCCCGGCUGCGAUUUAUAUGCAGUCAACCAGGCGAAGCUGCGCGAAGACGCAAUGCGAGUCACAAUGCGGGAUAUGCGCACUAAUCACUAUCUUAGCAGCACGACCUCGCUGCUCGGGCUGACGCCGGGGCCCGGGAUCGGGCGGUACCUGCAAAUGGCGGCGCCCGGCGCCUGGAAGUUGAUAAGAGGCGCAAGGCGCAGGAGCGACGAGAGGAAAUACUAUGGGAAAGUCCACGGAUACUCCAGCUAA